GUUAGCUUUCCAAUUAGUUAGAGUUAUUGCUUCUCCCAAAUUUGUUGUAGAUUUUACACUUUGAGGGCCAGUUGUGUUUGUUAAGUGCACUAGAGACGUGUGAAGUGUAAAAAUGAGUGUUAAAGAAGAGUCUAUGGAGAAAAGUGAAAAAGAAAGAACUGAAACGAAACUCCCGUUUUCCAUAGAUAGUUUAUUGGCUGAUAAAUUUGAAUCUCAAUCGUAUUUUAAAGAUUCAGGUGAUGAAAGCAGUGAUUCGGAACAGUUGGAUGUAGAAACGUCCGUCGGUGAUGCGCAGGAGUUUGCAGAUAAGGCUGAAUUUCAGCAAUCAGGGUCAUGCAGUACCAGAGGAAAACGUGCUAGAACAGCUUUCAGUGCUCAACAAAUUAAAAGUUUAGAAGCCGAAUUUGAAAAGAACCGAUACCUAUCUGUCGCCGCUAGGGGGCGUUUGGCUAGGCAGCUAAGACUUACAGAGACACAGAUAAAAAUUUGGUUCCAAAAUCGUCGAACUAAAUGGAAAAGAAAAUACACAAACGAAGUAGAAAUAUUUGCACAGCAAUAUUACAGUAGCUUAGGUAUUGUAACACCCCGGCCAAUGUUUGUCGGAGACAGAUUAUGGAUCUUUAAUUAUCCUAACAGACUUCCACAGUGGAAAUCAUUAAAUAUUGCCAAUAUAAAUGCACAUGGACACGUGAUUGAUAGAAACCUCUAUCGGAAUGCUCCUAAACCAGAAUUCCUUGGUCCAAAUGAAAGAUUUUCAAAUUGGGAACGACUGUCAGCUGUCAAAGCUCCCGCCCAAAAUCGUCUAUGCCCAGUACCUAGCGUCUACUCAAACUUAGCACAGAGGAGUAUGGAUAUCUAUAAAAAUGGAAUUUUAAAUCAUAAUAACCAAGAUUCAAACGUAGAUCACUUAAGAAGACUGGAGGAAAACUUUAGUAUUUAAGGUGUUGUGAUAGGGAAUAAUAUGUACCAAAGAGUUUUAUAUGCCAAAAAAUAAAAUUAAGUGAUAAUAAUACAAUUUUUUUU